UAGGGACACAGUGCCACGCCGUGAUGAUGUCACGAGGCACCUCCCUGCCGACCGCUGUGUGUACGGGGUCCCUGGCAACGGAACGCCAGUCCUUGCCUGACCUGCGUCUUGUGGCUGCUGACCCAAGAAGCGACUUAUAUAGAGCUCCCCCUCUCUCCCACCUUUCUGGAGGAGGAUGGAUCCUCCUCCAACAAAGAAGCUUAAGCUUCAGGGGAGCGGCAGCAGGCCUGAACCAAUGGAAAUUGAUCCACCUGCAGACGACAUCCAACCCAUGGAGGUGGAUCUACCUCUGCAGGAAGAGCCAAUGGAGGUGGAUCCAUCUGCAUCGGGCUCGGGCAAAUCCUAUAACAUCCUGCUUGCCCGGAGACAUCGUCACAUCCGUUGGCGGUUCACCAGGGGCUCUCGAUUUCCACCUUGGCGUUGAAGUGUCGCCAUCCGCCAGAGAGCCCCUGCGACGGCUGCUGCUCCCUACCCCUUCCUUCCCCAUUCCCCAUCUUUCCUCAGGACCUCUCCCCUCUUCUUUCCCAAGCUCUGAGGAAAAGGGAAGGACUUGGACUGGUGUUCAUGAGGCUGUGCUGAGACAAGAGGAGUCAUCCAGCAGAAAGCCUCAAGUUCCCUGCAGCCUCCAGGUGAGCCCUGAGGAAGAAAGCAGGACUGGGACUGGUGUCCACUGAGCUGCUGUGGCUGGGAUGAAAGAAUGAGUCCAGCAGAUCACCUUGAGCUCCUUGCUGCCUCCAGGUGAGUCCUAAGGAAAAGGGCAGGACUGAGACUGGUGUCCACUGAGCUGUGCUGGGACAACAGGAGGUAUCCAGCAGACAGACUCAAUCUCCUUGCCUCCUCCAGGUGAGCACUAAAGAAGAGGGCAGGACUGUGACUGGUGCCCACUGAGCUGCUGUGUGGACAGCCCCGAGCUCCCUGCAGCUCCAGGUGGUGUCAGUGAAGUUACAGAGGCAAGCUGUGCCUUUGGAGGAGCAGAAGACUUGGGUCUGGAUGGGAAGAAGGGCUGAAGUUCAGCAUCAAGGUCCAUUCCAGUUGCUCCAUUUGGACUCUUUUUCAACUCAGGGCAAUAAACAGUUGAAAAGGACAAUACAGUUUGAAAGAACCAUAACGAUAACAAUAAAAAAGUAAAGCCA